AUGCAGACCCGCCCGCGCCGCAAGCGUCGUACCAUCGUGGCAGCAUAUUCCACCAGGCGCCCUCUCCCAAAACUUGUAGACCUAUACCCUUCUGAACCUCGUAUAUAUCCCUAUGCCUUGCGCCACCAAGAGCUCCCGGAAGUCGUGGAGGGAGCGUAUACGGUUCGUACAUCUACAGCCAACAGAGUAGCAUACGCUGAAUUUGUGCCUCCUUUUAGCCAUUUCACCUGGGCAUGGCACACAGUCAUCAUGGGAACAGGCGUACUGGCCGCCCUAGCCAAUGCCUUCCCGUAUGGCAAUGACAACGCCCCGCUCAGGGUCUUUUUCAUGUUCUUUUUUAUGCUAGAUCUGCUGCUAUUUCUUCUGAUCAGCGGAGCUACCCUUGCGCGUUAUAUCAUGUUCCCGACAGUAUGGGAUCUGAUGCUAGAACAUCAAGCGCAGAGCAUGUUCAUCGGGGCUUUCCCGAUGGGAGCGACCACGCUUAUCAAUGCAUCGCUCGUCGUAAAUAGCAGUAGAUGGAAUUGGGGAGGCUCAUCCUUUCUGUGGGCGGUAUGGGCAUUCUGGUGGAUCGACUCUGUCUUAUCAUAUACAGUCGCAUUCGGCACGAUCUACCUGAUGAUCACCCAUCAACGACAUACAAUCGAUAAAAUGACGGCGGUAUGGCUACUGCCUAUAGUCACGCUGAUCGUCGCCUCAUCUACUGGCGGCAACAUCGCCCUCGCUCUGCUGCCCAAUCACCACAAUUUGGCCGUGAUAACCUCGGCAUUCUCGUUCACAAUGCUGGCUAUAGGAUUGUCACUUGCGCUCAUGCUCAUUACCAUCUAUCUGAUGCGACUAUGCAUCCACGGCGCCCCAGACAUGGACCUCAUACUGUCUGUGUUCGUUACACUGGGCCCUCUUGGACAAGGAGGAUACUCGCUACUGGUUAACGGCCAGAUUAUGGGUCAGACGAUUGUACUUCCGCUUGGCAACAACGUCUCUACCGCCGCUGGGGAGGCCAUCUAUGCCGUGUGUGUUUGCGGGGCAUACGUUCUAUGGUCAAUGGGAAUCGCUUGGAUACUUAUCGCGUGCCUGUCCAUAUAUUCGCGUGCUGCGCGUCAGCGCAUCCGCAUUCCUUUCAGCGUGGCAUACUGGGGUCUGAUUUUCCCGAACGGAGUAUUCGCGAUGCUUUCAAUAGAGCUCGCCUCUGUCCUGGACAGCCCAUUUUUCCGCGCGUUUGGAGCCGCUUGGUCUAUUUUGACCUUCAUUGUGUGGCUGGUCACGAUGUCGAUGACUGUCCCGGCAGUUAUCAAUGGCACCGCAUUUGUUGCUCCAUGCCUGUUUGCGCUAGAUCUAAGGACCCAGGUGCCCUUAACCAAACCGCCGUUUCCGGAGGGUCUGCGAUUUUUUGCCGCAUCGCCGUAUAGUGGUCGUUCUGACGCCCCCACUCUAGCAGAGGAACCAUGA